AAUCAUGAUUUCCAGUCAAUCUUAAAGCACCACGGCUUGGUGCUUCGUAAACCCUACUGUCCUCUCCGCUCCGCAGCCACACCUCACGCACACUCCGAAUGGCGUGGCGAGGUUCCAUCUCGCGAUCGUUGCUCAACGCCGCGCGGUAUUCCGCCACCCGGUCGCAGCCUGCGGCGGCCUCCCGCAUCCGCGCUCCGCCUUUCGCAGUCCCUCGCCUCCAGCGCCGCCAGCACUACUUUGCCUCUCCCCGGAAUCUGGGGGAACUUGGGUGCAUGCAGUCCUUCCUUCCGCUUUACAGCACGGUGGCCGCUCCUCGACUCACCUCCCACCUGUCGGUCAACCCGAGGGCGUGUUGUGAGCUCUCUCAGGGUAUCUUCCGUCGCACUUGUCAAGAUCGCUAGUACUUAAUGAAUCAAGUAUUAGCUGUGCUUCCGAAAGGAGGAUUAUCCUUAGGCAUAGAACCAGAACAUGAUUAUCAUUCUGUGGAAUGGAAGAGGAGUACAAAUGAUUCUUCUCGUUUCACUGGUUUUUAACUUUUAGCUUACAUGUGCAAGAAUAAGUAGAAUUCAGCUCCUGCGGAAAAAAAAUUGUUUUAUAGCACCAAGAUUUCAACAAUGGCCAAGUAAUGCCUGCUAGUUCUUUUUGCCA